AUGGCGACCGUGGCCCCGCCCUUGGCCUUCCUCCUCGCCCUCCUCGGAUUGGCUGGCGCGGCUUUCCCCGAGGAGCCCGGACCACUGAGCAGCGUCCCGUCAGAAGUGGUUCGACGGUACCCUGUGUUUCUGGGCCGGGCGCAUCGCUCAUCCCUGAGACAGGAGCCCCUGCACAUUCAGAGCAUCCUCAAGGUGAACCGCACCCUCUACAUCGGAUCCAGGGACGACCUUUUCCGGCUGGAACUGGACAACGUUGUGGGAGAUGAGAUGUUCUACAGCAAGAAGCGCUCCUGGGAGUCCAAUAGAAACGACAUCAGGAUCUGCCGCAUGAAGGGCAAACAGGAAUCACGAGAGCCAGGGGAGAGGAGGGGCCUCUUUCCCUCAGUGACCUCCGACCUCCGACCCCUCCUGCCUGUGGCCACGCCCCCGCCCCCCCCCCCCAGCCCUACCUGGGGGGCGGGGGCGCGGUGGCGGGGCGCGGUGGGGGGGGUGUUUGAUAUCCUAACCACGCUCACGACCCUUCCUCCUCCCUCCCGCUCCCUGAAUGUCACCGACGCCGGGUUCCCCUCGGCCCCCUCGGCCCCUGGGGGCCCCGGGUUGGGCUCCACGGGGCCGUGA